GCUCCGACAUUUCCGACAGCCCGUGAACGCAGCUUAUCUGCUGACUGGUUAGCAGCAUGGAAAGAAAAGUACUCGCAAUGCAAGCAAGAAAGAAGAGGACGAGGCCCAGGAAACCUGGCAAAAAACCAGAGCCUCAUGGUCGUGGAGGCGGCUCUCAGCCGGGCCAGGCAGACUCUCCGCUCCAGGAGCAGGAUGAGGAGAUCCUGGGCUCUGAUGACGACGAGCAGGAGGACCCCAAUGACUACUGCAGGGGUGGAUAUCACCAUGUGAAGAUCGGAGAUCUGUUCCACGGGAGAUACCAUGUGAUCCGAAAGCUGGGCUGGGGGCACUUCUCCACGGUGUGGCUGGCCUGGGACAUCCAGGAGAAGCGCUUUGUGGCCAUGAAGGUUGUAAAAAGUGCUGAACAUUACACAGAGACGGCUCUAGAUGAGAUCAAGCUGCUCAAAUCUGUGAGAAACACAGAUCCCAAUGACCCCAACAGAGAGAUGGUGGUGCAGCUUCUAGACGACUUCAAAAUUUCCGGCAUGAAUGGCACUCAUGUGUGCAUGGUAUUUGAGGUGCUGGGUUAUCACCUUCUGAAGUGGAUCAUCAAGUCGAAUUAUCAAGGCCUGCCCCUACCAUGUGUUAAAAGCAUCAUACGACAGGUUCUACAAGGUUUAGACUACCUCCACACCAAGUGUAAGAUCAUCCACACAGACAUCAAACCAGAGAACAUUCUGCUGACGGUCAACGAGCCCUACAUCAAGAAAAUGGCUGCUGAAGCUACACGGUGGCAGAAGACUGGCGCUGCUCCUCCCUCGGGUUCUGCAGUGAGUACAGCCCCGGCAGCCAAACCUAUGGCCAAAAUGUCAAAGAACAAAAAGAAGAAGAUGAAGAAAAAGCAGAAGAAGCAGGCUGAGAUGCUAGAGAAGAGGAUCCAGGAGAUGGAGGGAGGAGCCACACCUGAAGGAGGAGAAGAGGAGGAUGAUGAGGAGACAACAACAGAGACCACUGAAGACACAACUUCCACAGCCACCCUCUCCAUGUCUGCCACGCUGCAAGACAUUGCUAACCAUAGCAUCACAGAUUUGACUCCUGACGAGCAGCCGCAGCAGACACCAGAGGUAAAUGAACGGAGAGACAAUGUGGCUGAGGAGGAGAACAGGAUGGAGGUGAACUGCAACGGCCACGCAUCCACACCAGAAAGCGAGACCAGUCUAGAGGUACAAGGGACCAAGCGGUCAACAGAGGAGCUGGAGGACCAACAGAAUGCAAACCAGCCAGAAAGUAACACAGAGACCCAGAAGACGUUAAGUAACACGGAAGAGCAUCAGACCUGUAACGGUUCACCUGGAGACACCGAAGCCGACCUGCAGCAGCUCCCCGCCUCCCUGAGCCCAGACUCUGUCGCUGUAGAGCUGAAGGAGGGAGACACGGACGAGAAGAAGAAGGAGGAGGAGAUGGACACUCAAGGGGAGACCAAAAGAGAGAAUGAAGGAGAAGACAGCCAGGAUGCAGCAGCAGGCAACAUGUUGGUAAACCCCCUGGACCCUGUUAACGCUGACAAGCUGCAGGUUAAGAUCGCUGACCUCGGCAACGCCUGCUGGGUGCACAAACAUUUCACAGACGACAUCCAGACGCGGCAGUAUCGCUCUCUUGAGGUGCUGACAGGAGCCGGCUACAGCACGCCAGCAGACAUCUGGAGCACUGCCUGCAUGGCGUUCGAGCUCGCAACUGGAGAUUACCUGUUUGAGCCCCACUCAGGAGAAGACUACUCCAGAGAUGAAGAUCACAUAGCGCUCAUCAUCGAGCUGCUGGGUAAAGUUCCUCGGAAGCUGAUCUUGGCGGGCAAAUACUCCAAGGAGUUUUUCACCAAGAAAGGCGACCUGCGUCACAUCACCAAGCUGAAGCCGUGGGGUUUAUUUGACGUGCUGGUAGAAAAGUAUGAGUGGUCCAAAGACGAGGCUCACAGCUUCAGCACCUUCCUGCUGCCCAUGCUGGACCUGGUGCCUGAAAGGAGGGCCACAGCGGCCCAGUGCCUCUCUCAUCCAUGGCUCGCAUCCUAAAGGUCAGCCGUGCACAUCUCCACCCUCAUAUUGUGAAAGGAUAAUUAGGUUUUGAAGGUUCUGGGCUCGAAAACAUAAAGUCAACAAAUGCAUUAAUGUCUGCAAGACCCUGUGACUGCAUCGUGCCUGCAUCCUCCCACCAUGGCUCUCAGGGGCCACCCACACACACUUUCCUCAAUACAAUAGACUGCUGCUGAGUUUUCGUUUGGGACUACACUGGUGAUAGAGUGAUCUCAUGGUCUUCUUCCUAUAUUUAUGGCUCUUUUUUUACUGGCUGUUAUAGGACUUAUCGACCUUGCUCUCUUUUUUUUCAGCUCGUUCUCCGCAGCACAUUUUUCUCUGUAUUUUUAGCUACAGAUAAUCGACUGUUGGAUUUAAAAGGUUGCACUUGUCUACAAAUGCAGAGGACGGCAGGAUGUUAAAAACAUAAAAGAUAGCCAUCAAAACAAUAACAACAACAGUUAUCUUUAAGGUCAUUAAUAAGCCAAAUAUGUCUCGUCAUGUAAGCUGUGCCAGCUUUAUGCCUUUGGCUGUCAGAUGUGUGCAAAGUGCUCAGAAUUAAUCAGUGCGUAAUGCUAACAGCCGUCAUGAGAGAAUAGUCAAGUUCUUAACACUGUUAAGUUAGCUUUAUCCUAAAUAAAACUCUUUUGUACAUUUGUAUACAGGCAGAACUACACGAUUAGAAAGCAGAAAUGUCACUCACUCAUCAGAAAUAACACUCUAUUUUUCAGUAAAAUCAAACUCAGAUUUUUCAGGUGUUUUUUCAGCAUUAUCUCGUUGUUUAAAAAGCACUUAAAAACACAAAAUAAUGUGAAACCAUUCAGAUUCUCUUCUACGUAAUGCACAAGAGGACAACUUUAUGCUGUUUCAUACCCAGAUCGAUUUUUUUCUUGUUAAGAAAGGCUUCAUUUAACGUUUCCCACAUUAACAGUCAAAUCAAACUCUUUGGAUUCUCGUCCAAGGUGCAGUGCACCAAAAAGUUGGCCUUUAGUCUCCCCCCCCCUCCCCCACCCACACCCCCAACCCUGCAGCAAAAGCUUUGCACAGCUUCUGAAUGACAGCUAUGUAAACAGAAGGCACAAGCUGGAAGGUUUAAGCAAUUUCUUUUACACUUUUUAGAAAGUUGAAGAAUGUUGUUGUUGGUGUUUUCCAGUUGUUUGAAAGCUUCGUUUCAAUUGUUUAUACUGCACACGGAGGUGUUGGAUUUAAAAAAUAAUAGAUUGUACUAAAAGCAAAUGCUGUAAUCCUGCUUUUAAUCCCCUCAAGUCCAUUUUGUUUGUUUUUCUACAAAACCUCCCUCUGUUCAUGUCCCCACUCUUCAUUUGAUUGUUCAUGUUUUUCUGUAGGUAAUAAAAUAAACAUUUUUCAAAGCCAAA